AUGGAGAAUGGCACAGAAGGCAAGAACUUCUACAUCCCCAUGAACAACAGGACAGGGCUUGUCAGGAGUCCUUUUGAAUAUCCACAGUAUUACCUGGCAGACCCAUGGCAAUUCAAACUACUGGCCUUGUACAUGUUUUUCCUGAUCUGCACUGGAUUCCCCAUCAACUUUCUGACACUGGUGGUCACAGCGCAGAACAAGAAGCUUCGACAGCCUCUCAACUUUAUCCUGGUUAACUUGGCCGUGGCUGGACUCAUCAUGGUCCUCUUUGGAUUCACAGUCACCAUUUAUUCUUGCAUGAUGGGCUAUUUCUCCUUGGGACCCAUGGGCUGUGCUAUUGAGGGAUUCAUGGCUACACUCGGAGGUCAAGUGGCUCUGUGGUCUCUUGUGGUUCUUGCUGUUGAGAGGUACAUUGUGGUCUGUAAACCCAUGGGCAGCUUCAAAUUCACAGCCACCCACUCUGCGAUAGGCUGCGGAUUCACCUGGUUCAUGGCUUGCACCUGUGCUGUUCCUCCUCUGGUCGGCUGGUCAAGAUAUAUCCCUGAGGGUAUCCAGGUUUCCUGCGGACCUGACUACUACACUCUUUCUCCAGCUUACAACAAUGAAUCCUAUGUGAUGUACAUGUUCAGCUGCCACUUCUGUGUUCCAGUCUUCCUCAUUUUCUUCACUUAUGGAAGCCUUGUGCUGACAGUCAAAGCCGCUGCAGCCCAGCAGCAGGACUCUGCAUCCACCCAGAAGGCUGAGAAGGAAGUCACACGUAUGUGCGUCCUGAUGGUCUUUGGCUUCCUCUUUGCCUGGACCCCAUAUGCUAGCUUUGCUGCAUGGAUCUUCUUCAACAAGGGCGCUGCCUUCUCAGCUGUCUCCAUGGCCAUCCCUGCUUUCUUCUCAAAGAGUUCAGCUUUGUUCAAUCCUGUUAUCUACAUCCUUAUGAACAAACAGUUCCGUAACUGCAUGCUGAGCACCAUUGGAAUGGGUGGCAUGGUUGAGGAUGAGACCUCAGUAUCUACCAGCAAGACAGAAGUCUCCUCAGUGUCCUAAGAAUCAUAAUUCCACAUCUCCAGACACCCUCCUUCCUGAUGUCUUUCUGAUUCUGAAUGGCUGUCCCGACAUGGAAAUAAGCAAAUGGCUACACGCUCAUCUGUUCUCCAACAAAUGGACAUUAAUCUUGGCAUAUGGCCAGCGACGACAUUUUACUGUACACAUUCUUAAUUGUUGUGUGUGUCUGGCAUAAAAACUGGACUCCAAAAUGAAACACAGCCUGAAGUGUUUCACAGUUGCUUGUGAAAUGUUUGGAUGGAUGAGUGGGUGAGAAUCACCUUUGUAUAUUUAUGACAGGGAGAGGUUUGCAUAUUUGUUAGCUUCUGUCAUAAUAUUCUGUAAAUAUUUUAUAAAACAAAAAAAAUGUAGAAAAAUAUAUUAAAUGCAUGCAUGAAAAGA